GUGUUUACCAGAACUUGGAGGCAGCGAUGACUUCCAGAACCGGCACUCUUAUCACGCACAACAAUGCAACCUACAUCCCAUCACCUCUGAUACCAGGGUUCACAGGACAUGUGCCUACCACCAAGUAUCUGUAUGGGGACACAUUUGGGAAGGCGAGCAUAAAGUACUUUCAGGAUGUCCGUGCUGCACUCAUGUCAAGUAAAGGUGGCAUGCUCCCUGGCAUCUACUCGAAUGAUGGAGCUUUGAUCGCAAUCCAACACUCACAGAACAGAAACCCAGCCUUCCAUCCAACCUACUGGGCACGUUACAAUAUAGAUUUUAAACGGCAAAGAGAUAUAAAUCUAUUUAAUGAGCUGGCACAGAAACACAGGAAGAGCUACAAAGAUACGACUGGUACCCGGCCCCCUGUGAGUUUCUUCAUAAUGCCACUGACAGAGAAUGAGAAGUGUUUGCACCAAGGAAUGUAAGAUGCAUUGAAUUAAAUAUGCAUUAAAACACUACAUUAAAAAUGAAUUAAUCAUUCUAGGCAGUUUUGCUCUUGCUGGCAAAAAUGUAUAUUAUUGUGUAUUUAAUGCCAUUAGAAACUCAAUAGAAGUUUAAUGGAGUGAAAAUAUAAUAUAUGGCAGACCUUUCAUAACCUGACUUGUGAUAGAGGUUUCAUCCUAUGAAGGCACCACAUGUGCAAGCUCUUUAGUGUGACACUUUUUACUGCCAGUAUUUGUCGUCAGAGACUGCAUGGCUAUGUGCUCGAUGUUUGGCACCAGAAAGCAGUGGGUGUGGCUGAAAAACCUGAGCUAAAUUAUUAAGAGGGGUGUCCACAUUAACAUCAUAGUUCACCCUAACGUCACCCAUAGAUAAUUUUUAUAAUUAAUA